AUGCCUUUCGUACCACCCAAGUCGCUCAAUAAACAGAAUCAAGGCACUGCUCCCGUUGACUACGUUGACUACCAAAAUUAUCGUGGGUGGCCCUUGGCAAAAAUAACCUUUGGAAUAUCAAAAAAGAAACAAGAUGAUUUAAAUACGAACGUCAUUAAUCAUUCGUUCGCAAGUCAGUCUAUCUCUACCUCCUCAACGAAUCCGACUACGAAUAACACAACGAAUAAGGCAAUGAAUGAAAAGAAAUCCGAACCAAAAUUUAUUUCUGAAAAUAAAUCAGAUGAAUUAGAUCGUGAUAGUACCAUUCAACAAGUUAAAGACAUAUUAUCAACCUCUCCUCAAAUAUCAUCGUCCCCAAGAAGGAAAUCAGCACCUGAAUCAUAUACAAAAAAACCAAUUCUCCCAUCUCUCAAAGUCGACUUACUUACUCCAAUUUCAUCUGAAAUUCCUUAUUUACCUAAUGGUGAAGUGGUUAAAUCAUCACUUAAAAAGG